AUGGAGAAGGACAGCCUGAGCCGUGCGGACCAGCAGUAUGAGUGCGUGGCGGAGAUUGGCGAGGGCGCCUAUGGGAAGGUGUUCAAGGCCCGCGACCUGAAGAACGGCGGCCGCUUCGUGGCUCUGAAGCGCGUGCGGGUGCAGACCGGAGAGGAGGGCAUGCCGCUCUCCACCAUCCGCGAGGUGGCGGUGCUGAGGCACCUGGAGACCUUUGAGCACCCCAACGUGGUCAGGUUGUUUGACGUGUGCACUGUGUCACGAACAGACAGAGAAACCAAACUUACACUAGUGUUUGAGCACGUUGAUCAAGACUUGACCACCUACUUGGAUAAAGUUCCGGAGCCCGGAGUGCCCACAGAAACCAUAAAGGAUAUGAUGUUUCAGCUUCUCCGAGGUCUGGACUUUCUUCAUUCUCAUCGAGUAGUGCAUCGUGACCUAAAACCACAGAAUAUCCUGGUGACCAGCAGUGGACAAAUCAAACUGGCUGACUUUGGCCUUGCCCGCAUCUAUAGUUUUCAAAUGGCCCUGACGUCAGUGGUUGUUACACUGUGGUACCGAGCCCCAGAAGUCUUGCUCCAGUCCAGCUACGCCACGCCCGUGGAUCUCUGGAGUGUCGGCUGCAUAUUUGCAGAGAUGUUUCGCAGAAAGCCUCUCUUUCGUGGAAGUUCAGAUGUGGAUCAACUAGGAAAAAUCUUGGACGUGAUUGGACUUCCAGGAGAAGAAGACUGGCCCAGGGAUGUUGCUCUUCCCAGACAGGCUUUCCAAUCCAAAUCUGCCCAACCCAUCGAGAAAUUCGUGACAGAUAUUGACGAACUAGGCAAAGACCUACUUCUGAAAUGCUUGACGUUUAAUCCAGCAAAAAGAAUAUCCGCCUAUGGCGCCCUGAAUCACCCGUACUUCCAAGACCUGGAGAGGUACAAGGACAACCUGCACUCCCACCUGUCAUCCAGCCAGACCACCUCAGAGCUGAACACAGCCUGAGGAUCGUGGGGGAUACCAUGAGCUGGUCAUCUAAACAUGUCGGUGGCUGACGAGUCCCCUGAGAAAGCCUUGCAGAGCAGUUGAAGAUGGCUGGCUGCGGGUCUUCCAGACGCCAGCUUCUGGAUGGGCUCUGCUUCACCAAGGACACCACCUAGUUUACUAUUCCAAAAUCAAUGCAAGAGCGAUUGCCGCUUUAUGUUCGUUCACCUGUUUGUUGUCUGUCUGUCUGAAGAACCUGGAGAACUUCCAGAUGAAGAGAAGCUGCUGACCCAUCGUGCUGCCGUUUCAUUUUCUAACCUUGAGUGCUGCCCACUGUGGGAUGGUAAUCUAGGUCCAGCUGAGUUAUGACAUCAUCGCUGCAGCUGCUGGGCCUGCUUUGGUACUUG